UAUCAAGCCCACGUGGAACGGUGCUCGCGAUGGAGGCGGCCGCGGUGACAGCGACGGUGCCUCCUCCGAGUCCCCGGGGGGACGCAGAGGAGGCAGGGCACGAGGGACGAGGGGGGAGGAAGGUCCGCGAGACGAAGGCCGACAGGAAGGGGCAGAGGAGGCUGCGCAAGGCUCGCCUCACGCUGCUGAGGCUGGACGGCGUUCAGACCGUAGACCACCCGACGCAGCACCUGUUGAUCGCGAACGGGGGCCUGGGGAACGGCGUGGCCCGUGCGACGCUGCUGGAGCUGAUGGGCGCGCAGGGGCACCUGGAGGCGCUGGAGACGCCGCGGGGGCGGCCGUACGCCUUCGCCUCCUUCUCCAGCGUGCACGAGGCGCAGGGGGCACGGCGCAAGCUCGACGGCUGCUCGGUCUCGUCGGCCGUUGCGACCGCCCCCGUCACGCUCCACCUGUGCCACGUGGAGAGAGUUCCGCGUCAGGAAAGCUGCACAGAGGCCCUGCCACCAGGCCUGAAGCUCAUCCCAGACUGCGUUUCAUCCGAGUACGAGGACCAGCUGCUGAGCUGCCUUGACUGGGGCAGACAGCAGCCAACAGCCCAGCAGUCUCUUAAGCAUAGGUGCGUCCAGCACUUUGGAUAUGAAUUCCGCUACGAUAACAACAAUGUGGACAAGGAUAAGCCGCUGGAUAGAGGUGUUCCAGCUAUGUGUGAUGAACUCACUGACAAGUGCCUAUCAGCCGGUUACAUUCAACAUCGGCCCAAUCAGUUGACAGUAAACCAGUACCAGCCCGGUCAAGGGAUCCCCCCGCACAUUGACACACAUUCUGCCUUUGAGGACGGCAUCAUGUCUCUGAGCCUGGGAGCCUCGACGGUGAUGGAGUUCCGGCACCCCGAUGGCAGCCACGCGUCUGUGCUGCUCCCUCGCCGCAGCCUGCUGGUGAUGGCGGGCGAAUCGCGCUACCUCUGGAGCCACGGCAUCACGCCCCGCAAGUUCGACGUGGUGCCGGCGCCGCCGCCGCCGCCGCCCGGGGAUGGUGCGGAGGGACCGCAAGGGCCCACGCUGGCCCAGCGUGGGGUGCGGACGUCUUUCACGUUCCGCACCGUCCGGAGGGAGCCGUGCCGCUGCCGUUACCCUUCGGUCUGUGACAGCCAAGCUGAACAACAGAACCUGCAAACUCCCUCCUCGCGCAGUCCGAUCAACGAACCGCUGCCCAGCACUGCAGGGAUGACCACCUCCGGCGCGACACACUUGGGCCCCUCGGAAGAGAGCCGCGGACCCGACCAGGUGACACGAGCGGUCGCGACUGAGCGCGUAGAGGCGGCGGCGUUCUCGCAUCCUGCCCGCUCGGUAGACGCGGAGGACGACGAGGAGAAGGAGGAGGAGGAGGGAGACGCGGCGCAGCGGCUGGAGACGGAGCACGUGCACCGCGUGUACGAGCAGAUCGCGGGCCACUUCAGCAGCACCCGCCACUCGCCCUGGCCUCGCGUCGCCGCCUUCGUGCAAGGCCUGCGGCCCGGCGCGCUCGUCUGCGACGUGGGCUGCGGCAACGGGAAGUACCUGGGCCUCGCCAAGGGAUCAUACGUGUUUGGCUGCGACCGCAGCGCCGGGCUGGUGGGGAUCUGCGAGCAGCGCGGCUUCCAGGCGCUGGUGUGCGACGCCCUCGCCUUGCCCGUCCGCACGGGGGCGUGCGACGCCUGCCUCUCCAUCGCCGUCAUCCACCACCUCUCCACGCAGGAUCGAAGACUUGAAGCCUUGCGGGAGCUUCUGCGAAUCCUUCGGCCUGGAGGGAGAGCCCUCGUUUACGUGUGGGCGCUGGAGCAGCAGUACCGCCAAGCGCGAUCCAAGUACCUCAAGCCCAAGCACGGGGAGACGGUGGGAGGCGGCACUGGGCCGCAGCCUGUGGUAGGAGUCGGGGAGACGGCGGACGACGAGAAAGGGACGAGUUGCACUCCCACAAACGGCGUAAAAUCCCCAUGCGAUGACGUCGCUGAGUCCAGCCGGCCCGCGGAGCCCGCUCCUGUGCCACCUGAGCCUCGCAGGGAUCCGGGGAUGCCGACUCGCGGCCACCUGCCCGUGCACACGAACCGCACGCCCUUCCGUGCGCAGGACGUACUCGUGCCCUGGCACCACAGGCGGCAGGGCGAGACCCCGGGACCGCCCGAGCGGGCGUGCGAGGAGGCGCCCGUUUACCACCGAUACUACCACGUGUUCCGCGAGGGUGAACUCGAGGCUCUGUGCGCUCGGCUGGACGGCGCGCGAGUGCUGGAGAGCUACUACGAUCAGGGAAACUGGUGCGUGGUCGUGGAAAAGUACUGACAUGUGCAAAACGUGGUUUUAAAUCAUGACGACUGAGCACGGGCCCUAAGCAACCAAGCAGCCAGCAACAAAGAACACUCUUGAAGGUGUAAUCCAUAAGAGUUCUACGUUUCUUGAAUUGAUUAAGGUUUUAAGAGCUUGGGGAAUGAGACGAUGGCAGUUCCAAAGUAGAGCAGCGUGGCGAAAAAAGCAAAAAGAGAAGCGUUGUAGCCUGCAGCGUGGUGAUGAAAUACAGUAUGGAUCAGACGAAUUGUCUGGUAGACCGAGUGGACAUUCAGGCCCCACGGUGGCUAGGAGAUGUUAACUACCUCACCUGGUAUGCAGGAGGUCGUCGGUUCGAUCCUGCCUGACGCCUCUAUAUUAGGAGUUUGCAUGUUCUCCCCGUGGUCACAUGGACUGUUUCUACGGGCCCUCUGGUUUUUCCCUCCACAUUUAGAAAGAUGCGUGUAAGUGUAUGUGGCUGCCAUAAAUGUCCACGUGAUAAGCCGCUUCAUUGAGCUAUUAUUUGUGGUCAGGUUGCUUCUGAAAAAGAGCUACUUAGCUCAGUGGGCCUUUCCUGGUAAAAUUAAAAAUAGUAUAGUAAUCACCGUAGUAGCAAUAGAGGAGUGAUAAAGAGGCUAUUGCACAAAUUUGUGGAGAAUGGUUUAAAAUACUCGCUCAAAGUGCCUGGCGGUUGAGAACAACCACUCUCUUACACUUUGUCGGCAACGACUUUCUUCGUUUUAAAAUUGUUCUUCAUUUAAAAACAUCCAUCUACAUACAGGGAUGGUGUGUAUACAACUAAUUUAUCAUUGCAAUAUGUUAAAUUAUUGUGAUGUUUUUGAAUUGGUUGUGUUUAGUUGCUGGUAUUUCUCCCCAAAACGCAAACGGUUUGUUUUCUGUUUAACACGUGGGCUUUCAUGACCAAUAUCCAUAAUAAAGGUUUUUUUUGGAUUAGAUCGCGUAAAUAUAAAUGUGUCAUUAACCCACGACCAUCCGACACGGCCAAUUCGUAAGGUUUGUCACGUGAACUAAACGUGCUAAUUAGUUACUACUUGAGCACACCGGUGCGUUGGAGAGUAAACCAACCCACAACAUUUACAAUUAGUACGACGUUUCGCUGGUGAUUACAACCAGCGUCAUCAGGAAAUUUGCCGGAAUUGUGAAGACUUCCCGUUUACAUCUUUAAUCGAGGAGUAAAGGUGAUGUCAUCACUGUGAGGCUAUCGAGCGUGAAGACCAGAGCGGCGGGGGUUAAUGUCGCCAUUGUGUUCUGCGACCUGAUUGGCAAGACGUUUCCCCCCCCCCCCCACUGGGUGGCGAUUUCGCACGUGAGAUGGCAGGCAUGGCCAAACACCCACAGGGGGCUGCUUCUCAGUCAGGCGCUUGAAUGCGUAAGUUGAAUUUCUUUCGCGCCGUACGUAGCCAACCGUGCUAAUCGCAUGUGCCUAAACAUGCGCAUUUUCACGCGAAUAGGCGUGAUUAAAAUGUAUUCUUUUGCUUAUGAUGCACGUGCAUGCGUCAAAUUAUGCGUGCUAGAAUUUGUCGUGUUCGAGGGGUGGCUCGUAGAUCAGAGUGCUCCGCUGGUGAGAAUCCUGGGUUUGAAUCCAGGCAGCCGCCUGUGAUCAAACCGGAUCCUCAAGUAAAGCGAGUUGAUGGACUUUGCCUGUUCGCCAACGACCGCACAAAAAAACCCAUCGUAUUUUUACUUGGUCCGACACUUAAUUUGUCGUGUCCAUCAUACCAGCUUCGAUAAAUGACGACCAUUUUUACGAGCACAGUGCCGCGCAAUGGUGCUUAAAUCAUCAGCUGGGCACGGCACCCCUCUAACAGACGACACUGGAUUGGAUGAGCGGGGAGGCUUCGUCUGCCCCUCACCGCAGACGCAGUUUAUGUUCCGAGCCUGGUCAAGACGGCCCCACCUCCCAGGGUUUGCUUUGCAGCAGCUGACACCUGUCCGGAGGCGGUUCAGGCAUUGUCAGAUUUGCCCGUGGUCCUGCUGACCGUGGUCUUUAUAUAUUUAUAUAGCGCCUUCCCAUGCCGAGACGUCUGUCAGUUGCAGGGUGGGUGUCCCGUUCAUCUCUGACUGACGUGAGACACUGCUGGUACGAUGAAGGUAAAAUUGAUUGCAUUUCACAUCAUACGUACGUGUAGCUGGUUCGUGGCAGCCCAGCACCUGCUAAUAGGUUCUGCAUGCACCACAUUGGCCAAAAAUAAUGUUCUUCAACUGACAGCGAAUUGAGCCAAUUCAUCAAGUUGAGGAAGAGAUUAAUAGUUUUUUUUUUUCUUACUAAGGCAGUGUGUUCCAUCUGUGCCCGCUGUGGUGCAUACAUUGUAAAGGCUUGCGAUAGGGCUGUCAUUCAAUAUUGUGGACUGGAUGCAAUUCUUUAUAUAUUUUGUAAAGACAUUUUUUUCCUACACAUUUCAUAUCGUUGCUGAAGAAAUGUUGGUUCACGAGAUUGUUGGUUCACGAGAACCUCCAGUGUGCAGCAUUGUGAGAUGCAGUGGGCAGGAACGACGCCACUGUAUAAAACACUCAUUGUUACCUGAAUUAUUUAAAAAUGUGAUUGUGAUACUGCGUACGGUUAUGGAGUCGUGAGAGGAAUUGAUUAAACACAUUCCUGCAGAGGGAGCUGGUAGGAACGUUUGGUUGCUCGGUCAAUGGCCAGGGUCAACGGCGGCGUGGUGUAUUCCGCAAAUAUGCCCGACUGUGAGGGCGGGCACAAGCCGGCGUGAGUAGGUUAAACGUUGAGUUUUAUCAGGGCACCACGGGGUGACCAGCCCCUCCCCACCCAGCCCCACCCCUCCCACCUCCCA